CACUCCGUAGGUACAAACUGCGAGACGCACCACUGCCUUCAUUCUAGCCAAAUUGCGAGUUCACUACCCGCUCAAGCCUGGCGUUGUCCAACCAGCCAUGUCGUCCACGAGCCGCGUGGCGCUGGUGACCGGAUCCAACAAGGGCAUCGGCUUCGCCAUCGUGCGUGACCUCUGCCGCCAGUUCUCGGGGGACGUGAUACUCACGGCCCGGGACGAGGCGCGGGGCCGGACGGCGGUGCAGCAGCUGCAGGCCGAGGGCCUGAGCCCGCGUUUCCACCAGCUGGACAUCGACGACCUGCAGAGCAUUCGCGUUCUGCGCGACUUUCUGCGCAAGGAGUACGGGGGGCUGGACGUGCUGGUCAACAACGCGGGCAUCGCCUUCAAGAUGGCUGAUCCCACACCCUUUCACAUUCAAGCAGAAGUGACAAUGAAAACUAACUUUUUUGGUACCCGAAAUAUCUGCACAGAGCUACUCCCUCUAAUAAAACCCCAAGGCAGAGUGGUGAAUGUGUCAAGCACCCUGAGUCUCUCAGCUCUUAAAAAUUGUAGCCCAGAGCUACAGAAGAAGUUUCGAAGUGAGACCAUCACAGAGGAGGAGCUGGUGGGACUCAUGAACAAGUUUGUGGAAGAUACCAAGAAUGGAGUACACGAGAAAGAAGGCUGGCCCAGUUCUGCAUAUGGGGUGACUAAGAUCGGUGUCACAGUCCUGUCCAGAAUCCAUGCCAGGAACCUCAACGAGCAGAGAAGAGGAGAAAAGAUCUUCCUGAACGCCUGUUGCCCAGGGUGGGUGAGAACAGACAUGGCGGGACCCUCAGCCCCCAAAAGCCUGGAAGAAGGAGCAGAGACCCCUGUGUACUUGGCCCUUUUGCCUCAGGAUGCAGAGGGCCCUCAUGGCCAGUUUGUCUAUGAGAAAAAAGUUGAACAAUGGUGAGCUCAGCUCACCUCCUUCCAUGAUUCCCAUUUAUACCUGUUCUGAGAUGACCCAAAGGAUACCUAUACUAUCAAAAUACUC